AUGUCGCUGUCGUCUUACCUCAGCCCGACGCGCCUUCUAGAAGGCUAUAUCCGCCGUUGCCUCACGGCGGCAGGACUGACGUCGCAGACUCUUUCCAUAGACUCCGAAACAACCAUCCACUUCUGGGGUCCAUCACCCUUACAACGCAUCGACGACGACGAUAGACCGGUGAUGCUUCUUCUCCACGGCUUUGGACCAGCCGCCAUGUGGCAGUGGCGGAGACAGAUGCAAGCCUUCUCUCCGUCCUUUUUCCGGCUGUAUUGUCCCGAUCUUGUUUUCUUCGGCGACUCUACCACUUCCUCCACCAGUCGCUCCGAGGUCUUCCAGGCGGAAUGUAUGGCAAAGCUAAUGGAGAAAAUAGGAAUAAAGAAGUUUAAUGUGGUUGGAACAAGCUACGGCGGGUUUGUGGCGUACCACAUGGCAAAAAUGUGGCCGGAGAAAGUGGGAAAAGUUGUGAUUGCAAGCUCCGGCAUCAACAUGCUAAAGUGUGACGGUGAAAGCUUGCUGCAAAGAUCCAACUGUGAGUGCAUUGAGAAAGUUAUGUUACCAUCAACUGCCAAAGAGCUUCGGACACUUAUGGGUUUGGCAUCUUCUUGGAGGAUAGUUCGUAUGUUUCCUGAUGCUCUCUGGAACGACAUUAUUACCAAUUUAUAUCAGAAGAACAGAAAAGAGAAAAUAGAAUUAUUGAAGGGGGUGACUAUUGGCAAGGAGGAGAAAUUAAACAUCGGUCCUCUUUCUCAGGAGGUCCUAAUAAUCUGGGGAGACAAAGAUCAAAUAUUUCCUGUGAAGAUGGCUUACGAAUUAAAAGAGGUUCUUGGAGACAAAACGAAACUAGAAAUCAUUAAGAACACUUCACAUGUUCCCCAGAUUGAAUGUGCGCAAGAGUUCAACAAAAUCGUUUUGAGAUUUUUGAAGGGAUCUCAAUAA